UUCUCCUCCCGUCCUCCAUAUCUUUACAGCUCAUCCUUCCUUCCUUCUUCCCACCAAUCCAUCCCAACAGUGGCCUUCUCGUCAUUUAGCUCUCGUCCCCCACAUUACCACAACUUAUCACACUCAAUUAUUAGCUCCAUAGACUCCCAGCUUUUACUCAUAGCACCAGCCAGCAGCUACCCGGCAGAGAAAAAGUUAGAAAGGUUUCUCCCACUAUGUCGCCGGCGGCCGGAGCGAAUGCUCCGCUACUUCCGGAGCACGAGAAGCGAGCAGGGAGGCACGGCUCGGUCACCGGCGCGGUGUUCAAUGUGUCCACCAGCAUAAUCGGAGCGGGAAUCAUGUCCAUUCCGGCGACGCUCAAAGUGCUCGGGGUGGUACCGGCGUUCCUGAUGAUCGUCGCCAUCGCCUGGCUGGCCGACGUCUCCGUCGAGUUCCUCAUGAGGUACACGCACUCCGGCGAGACGACGACGUACGCUGGGGUCAUGAGGGAGGCCUUCGGCGGGUUCGGAUCCGCGGCGGUCCAGAUUUGUGUCAUGAUUACUAAUCUUGGGUGCUUGAUCAUUUACUUGAUCAUCAUCGGGGAUGUGCUGUCAGGGACGGAGCAGCAUUUGGGAGUAUUGCAAGAGUGGUUUGGGGUUUCAUGGUGGAAUACUCGAGCUUUUGCACUCUUUCUGGUUGUGAUUCUUGUGAUGCUUCCUUUGGUCCUGUUCAAGCGGGUUGAGUCAUUGAAGUUCAGUUCAGCGGUAUCAGUUCUCUUGGCAGUGAUCUUCGUUGGCAUAGCCUCUGUGAUGGCUGUCUAUGCACUUAUACAAGGCAAAACCAACACCCCUAGACUGUUACCUGAAGUAGACAGCAAUUCCUCCUUCUUUGAGCUCUUCACUGCUGUCCCUGUCAUCGUCACAGCUUUCACAUUCCACUUCAAUGUACAUCCCAUUGGAUUCGAGCUGGGAAACCCAUCAACAAUGCUUUCAGCAGUCAGAAUCUCGAUGAUCCUUUGUGCAGCCAUCUACUUUGCAAUCGGCAUAUUUGGAUACCUUCUGUUUGGUGAGUCCAUAAUGGCAGACAUACUUGUGAACUUUGAUAAGAGUUCCGAUACAGCAGCUGGUGCGUUGCUCAAUGACAUCGUAAGGCUGAGCUAUGCUCUUCACCUGAUGCUGGUUUUCCCCUUGUUGAACUUCUCGCUGAGGGCGAAUCUCGACGAGUUCCUCUUCCCCAAGAAGCCCCUCCUGGCCAAAGACACUACCAGAUUCUUGUCCAUCACGUUCGCUUUGCUGGUAUUGAGUUACUUGUUGGCGAUUGCCAUACCAAACAUAUGGUAUUUCUUUCAGUUCAUGGGAUCAACCUCUGCAGUUUGCCUUGCCUUCAUUUUCCCCGGUUCGAUUGUGCUAAGGGAUGUUUAUGGGAUAUCAACAAAGAGGGACAGGGUGUUCGCAGCAGUAAUGAUAGUUCUGGCUGUGAUAACAAGCGCCAUUGCCAUAUCAAGCAAUUUCUACACUUUGGUUGGGGAUAACCAGUAGAGUGUGCUUCUCGCGUUUUGUUCACAGGUUUUUCCCUGGUCGAGAUUUGCUUCCAUUUUGUGUAUUCUUUUCCUGCGGUGGCGGCUUGUACUGUAAGUGGAGCGAUCUCACAAGCCAAAGCAGGUUUUAGCUAGUGUGUGCGCGAUUAUCCAACAAAAAUAUGUGGGUCUCAAAGAUCAUGUAAUAUAUUUCGAGCUCAAUUUUACUGUAUGCUCAAGAAUCAAGAAUUCAUGAAAUGAAAGUUUGACCUCAAGUGUAGGUAUGAUGGAGUAAAUAUAAUUUGGAGGCAUAAUUGAAUUUUGAUUGAAAGCAUUGGUGAUAUAUAACACUUCAAUCCAGCUAU